AUGGAUCCAAUUUUUCGUAAAUUUUCGAUUUCUUCGAAUGGAGAAAAUCAGUCCGCAGUCGAGUUGUCUGACCAGAAACUAGCCGAUGGACCUAGAUUUGUGAUUACUUAUCCAGAUCAGAAGCUAGUCAAUGAACAAGGGUUUCAGAAUACCUUACCAGCACACACAUUUGAAGGUUUCCAAAUGAUUCAAAAUGAGCCCUUUACGAGUAGUGUAGUCCCGAAUUCUAGUUUGGGCGUUGAGGAGGAUUAUCAAGAAGAUUGUGAUUUAUCGGACGCAGUUUUGAGAUACAUUAAUCAGGUGCUUAUGGAAGAAGAUAUGGAGGAAAAGACACAUAUGCUUCAAGAGUCUUUAGAUCUUCAAGCCAAAGAAAAGUCAUUAUACGAAGUUCUCGGCAAGAAGUACCCUCCUUCACCAGCACAAAACCCGAGCCCAGAUGAUUACUUUCCAGGAAAUCACCAUCAUAAUGGUUCGAGUAGCAAUGGUUAUGGUAGUGGUUACCUAACAGAUGUAAUUGGCCCGAGGUGGAUUAACAAUCAUGUUGAUUCUAAUGCAUGUCAUGCUCAGUUAUAUACAGUACAUAAUGCUUCCAGUUCGUCUAUUAGCUCGUCGAAUAGCUUAAAGAGUAUUGUAGAUGGGUUCUCAGACUCUCCUGCAAGUCCUCUUCAGGUAUCUGAUAUGUGUAAUGAGAGUCGAUGUGCGUGUGAUUUCAGGAAGGGGGCUGAAGAUGCAAGUAAAUUUCUUCCAAGUGGGAAUAGGUUGUUGGUUAGUACAGACGUUAAUGGAACUCGUGAUUCAAAUGGAGAAUACGAUGGAGAAGUAGUUAAGGUGAAGAAGAAAGAUGAGGACAAACAGUCAUCAUCUGAGUCGAGGGGGAGGAAGAAUCCGCAUAGUGGAGAAACGGAUUUAGAAGAAGAAAGAAGUAACAAGCUGGUAGCCAUCUAUUCAGAAUCUACUAUUCGAUCAGAGGAAUUCGAUAUUGUCUUGCUUCAUAGUAUGGGGGAUGGUGGGGUUAGAUUGGCAGCUUAUAGGAAGGAGUUGCAAAAUGCUACCAGUAAGUGUAAGCAGCAAAAUGGACAAAUGAAAAGAUCUGGUGGAGUGAAGGGCCGUGGCAAAAACCGGAAUAGCAAAAAGGAAGUCGUGGAUUUGAGAGCCCUCUUAAUUAAUUGUGCGAAGGCUGUUGCUGCUGAUGAUCAUCGGAGUGCUAAUGAACUGCUGAAACAGAUCAGGCAGCACUCGUCUCCAUUCGGUGAUGGAAAUCAGAGAUUGGCUCACUGCUUUGCUGGUGGCCUAGAAGCACGCUUGGCCGGCACCGGUAGCCAGAUCCAUAAGGCCCUCGUCAAUAGAAGAACAAUUGCUGCUGAUUAUUUGAAAGCUUAUCAUUUAUAUCUUGCGUCGUCUCCAUUCACGAAGAUUUCAAAAUUUGCCUCGAACAAGACGAUUAAUAUCAAAUCACAAAAUGCAAUGCGAGUUCAUGUUAUAGAUUUUGGCAUCCUCUAUGGUUUCCAAUGGCCCACGUUUUUGCAACGCAUUUCUGUAAGAGAAGGUGGACCUCCAAGAGUUAGGAUUACUGGCAUCGAGUUGCCCCAACCUGGGUUCCGACCAGCCGAAAGAAUAGAGGAGACUGGUCGUCGAUUGGCAGAUUAUGCAAAGACUUUCAAUGUACCUUUUGAGUACAACGCCAUUGCAAAGAAGUGGGAAACCAUCAAAAUUGAGGAACUUAAGAUUGAGAAAGAUGAGUUUCUUGUCGUCAACUGUUUGUAUCGGACGGAGAACUUACCUGAUGAGACUGUGAUGGCAGAGAGUUCAAGAACUGCUGUUCUGAACUUGAUCAGGAAGAUGAAUCCGGACAUCUUCAUUCAUGGGAUUGUCAAUGGGGCUUACGGUGCCCCAUUCUUUGUCACUAGGUUCCGGGAGGCUUUGUUUCACUUCUCAGCCCUAUUCGAUAUGCUUGAAACUAAUGUACCACGUGAAAAAACAGAGAGAAUGUUAAUCGAGAGAGACAUCUUUGGCCGGGAAGCAUUGAAUGUCAUAGCUUGUGAAGGCUGGGAGAGAGUCGAAAGGCCAGAGACAUUUAAGCAAUGGCAAGUCCGCGACUUGAAGGCAGGCUUCUUGCAAAUCCCUUUUGAAAGGGAGAUCGUGAACAAGGCAAAAUACAAGGUAAGAUCAACCUACCACAAAGACUUUGUCAUUGAUGAAGACAGUCAGUGGAUGUUGCUGGGAUGGAAAGGACGGACAAUCUACGCCCUUUCGUGUUGGAAACCUGUUUAA